AUGGCUAAGGCUAUUCCAAUUGUCAUGCCUAAUACAAACCACCGAUUUUGCAUAUGGCAUUUGAUGCAAAAUGCUGUGAAGCAUGUAAGUUCUCUUUUUGAAGAUGUAGGGGUGAAGGGUGUGUUUUCUAAAUUUAUGCAUAAAAUUGAUGAUGAAGAAGAAUUUAGAAUACAAUUGGAACAAAUGCUUGAUAGGUAUGAUGCACGCAACAAUCAUUGGUUGGAGCAAACUUUUGGUGUGAAGGAGAAAUGGAAAUGGCCAUAUGAUUAUCUCAAUUGUGAUCAUAACUUGAUGGAAUUUUUCAUGCAUUUUGAGAGGGUGCUCUAUGACAAGAGAUAUAAAGAAUUAGAAGCCGAGUAUAAUUUGUCCCAAAAAUUGCCAAGGGUUUCAUUUCCAACUUUGAUGUUAAAGCAAGUGGCACAGAUUUACACCAAAACAAUUUUUGAGGAAUUCCAAAAUGAGUACGUGCAGUCCAUUAAAGCAUCCAUUGUAGGCACUAUUAAUGAUGGUGAGAGUACCAUAUUCACAAUUAGAACGGUGGUAGAUGAAAAAAAAAAUAAGAAUGUGACAAUGGAUAGAGAUGGUUCUUUGAGUUGUAGUUGCAAGAAGUUUGAAGUAAAGGGCAUAUUGUGUCAACAUUGUCUGAAGGUGCUUAGAGAUAUAUUCAAUGCAACAAACCUUCAUGCACAAUAUAUACUGAAACGUUGGACUAAAAAAGCAAGGGCUGAAUAUGUGAAGGAUAGUCGUGGGUAUGACGUCAAGGUUGAUGUGAAACUACAUCAACGCGACCGAUAUAGGUCAUUGAUAAAUAUGUUUAAAGCAAUAGCAAGUAGAGCCGCUAAAAAUGAAGAAACUUAUCAUUUGUCACUUGCAAAAGGUGAAGAAUUGAGUGUAAUAGCUGAAGACAAAUUAAGUGUACACACUUGUGGUCAAGUGGAGGUCACUGAAUUGAGAAAUUCCUCAACUAACACAUGCCCACAGAGUGAUGAAGUAGAUUGUCCAAUCCAAGCUAAGGGACUAAAGAAAAGACAAACAACUAGUAAGCGAAGAAGGAGGAUCAAGGGCGAGAUGGAAAAAUCUAUUGCAAAGAAGAAAAGAAUGGUGGUUCUUUUUCUGCUUCUCAAGGUCAAUCUCAACCUUCUUCCACCGUGGGUAGUCAUUCAAUAUAGGGUGUUACUGUUUACACUCCGCAAGGUUAAUGUUGACCUCCUUUCGCCAUGGGGUGUUUAUACUCCACAAGGUCAAUCUCAACCUCCUUUCGCCAUAGGUAGUAAUUAUGUUGAGGGAAAUAACACGCCUCAGUCAAUGCCGCCUCAGUCAAUGCCUUUAGUGUAUCCCACUCAGACAUCGAUUCAGGAGUUGCUUCGAGGUGCUAGUGUUCAACAAUUUGCAGUCCAACUGUCGCAAGCGUCACAUAGUCCUGCUGACAGUCAUGUGGAUGGACAUCCCUGGAAGGCUUGCACUAAACGACGGGAAGUUGGACAGGUUAAAUUCCUUGUGGCACAGGUUCAAUCACAGUAA